AUGGCCUUAGAUGAGCCAUCGACUUCCUUUUUGACAAAUUCGGUUACACAUUGUCAGGUUGAUCCUGAAAAUUCCCUGAACGAGGCAGAAUCUAAAGGAUAUCGGCGUUGUCAAUACGUUUCUAACCUUCUCCUUCAGUGUCGGAAUAAUGUCAGGGGCGAAGAUACAGCUGCAAACUCUUCCCAAAAGCCAGAAUUUAUUGAUGAGUUGAGUAAUUUUUGUGAUAAGGUGAGUUUUUUCCAUCCGUUUUAUAUAAUCUGUUGUUUAUUUCAGCAUUUGUCUCAUAUAAACGCUAUUCGAGCAUAUGCGCGGAAGACCAGAGCUGCAAUUGACCCCGGGUUUAAAUUAAAUACCAAAGAGUAUGUUGUUUUUUUUAUGAGGUUUAAUGUUUAGACGAUGAAUAUGUCUUGUUGUUUUCAGUGAUGAUAAGGAGGCAGUGGAAGACGAUUCAAGGAUCGAAGGACUUCACGUUUAUGAUCCCUGUUGUUCUGAGAGCUACAUCAAUUCCGCGGACAAUCCAUUGAGGGGGGCUACGUAUAUGACUGACAAGGAGAUCGCUCGACAGUACGAUGCAGCAUUAGGCCGAACAUUGGAACGACUAAGAUGUAUGCGGGAAUUGGUUAUGGACAGGUUUAAAGAGCAUCUGAAGAUGAGGCCAGAAUGUAAAAAAGAGCAGAGGAGAUGUUAGUUUAUUUUCUUUUCGUUUAUUCUUAUGUUUAGACAAGCUUGUUGUAAGGAAUCCAAAAGAACGGAUAAUGUUGGACAGAUUGAGAGAUGACAAACGAUAUGGGGUGCCAGGUCCGCUGGUAUUACCAUAUAUUGAGAAGGCUGAGAGAAAACAUGUGUACGAAAAGAACGGAAUUAAGGUUCCUCCAAGUAUGUGGCUGACAGACUCGGGACGGAGCGAUCCGACCUUCCGAUGUGAUUAUGUGGAGAGAACCGAGAUUUUUCCCGAUGUUAAUGCUCAAUACCGAUCCCCGUUGUUAUAUAAUGCUUCAUCCGAAGAUACCGUUCUCUCCGUUGUCAACUCUAUAGUCGACUACGUUGAACGACGGAAUGGAGGGGUUCGAGAAAAGAAAUGUGGUAGAUUCAGGGUACCGAUGACUGAUUUUUGCACCAAGCGUAAGUUUUCCUUUUCUUGAUAAUUGGGUUGAAAUAUUUAAUACGUUGGCAUUUUUAGAUAUACAAAACGACGCUGCUCAGAAGUUAUUUGUUCGAUGCAAGCAAUGUAGCAAUUACUGUCUUCCGCUGGAGAGUUUAUGCAAGAUUCAUUCCGCCCAGAAGAGGCCGGCAAUAGUACCCAUGCCUUCAGUGAUCCAUUCAGCCCCUACGGCACCGGUGAACGGAGGUCAGAUUUCAGUUGCACCUCCUCCAAAAGUACAAAAAAUUGUGAAUGGGUGGCGGACAGUGCCUCAGGCGAUGGAAUGCUCUCCAAUCUCGACCAAAAGUGAUUACACUUUAUCCCCCGUGCCGAAAACUGAGAUAUCAAGAUCAGAAGACAAUAACCUGAAAGCCGAAGAAAGUCAUGAUCUCAACUUGAAGUUCCCCGAUUCAUCUAUGGUUCAGGUAACUACAAGAAAGGCGGUUCCUUUACCUGGCCGGAGAAUGCUGAAGACUCCGACAUUGUUGCCUGAGGAGAUGUAUAACGUGGAACAGAAGAAAUUGAAGUUAACUGAGAAUGCGCCUGUUAUUGACGGAGAUUUGCCUUUUGAGGAGCUCGAGCAGCAAGUGAGGACGUCCACCGAAGAUAAACGGGUCAAUCACGGAGGUAACGUAAUCACCAAUGGGCCAGUAGCGAUCAUUCAAAACAGUCGGAUAGUUGACAAGUAAGCGCAUGUCGAUUGUUUUUUGGGCGGUUGAUGAUUCACGUCAUGUGACUUUCAGUUUUUUCCAGUUUGUUAUUUCAUGUGAGAGUACAUUUUUUUAGCAGGGGUAUUCCCCGAAAUCGGAGUACGGUUCCAUCCACAAUCCAAACCGGGAAUCCCACCGUUCGAUCGCAGUCAUUCCAUGUCCAACAUUCUGCCAUCGAUCUUAUGGCGACAUGCGCUCGAACUCGACCUUUUAUGUCAUCAGAUGACGCCCGGGCCCUAUGUCGUCAAAGUAGUGAGGAAGCCCAGAACAUACAACAACGACGACCUAUAACUCGCGGGGGCCGAAGAAACGUGAUGGUCCGCCCUCCCAUGCCCCUAAACAGACCACGAACUCUACAAUACGCUCAUCCGGUGAUGCCUUCGAUUAACCCCUCGUACUGUAUCCAGAACCCCACGGUCAGCAACAUCGUCCGACAUUCCAAUCCUCUGGCAAUGUCCGGCAACGGAGUGCGAGCGAAGGCCCCCAUUUCGUACGUUAAGAAUGGAAGUAAAAACGUCGCUGUACACGCGAUGACUCGUUGAUAUCUGUUUUUAUUCUUAUUCAUCUCAUUUAUAUAAUGUUUCAAUUGUUUUCUUAUAAUAAAUUCUCAUUGUAUGGUAUUCAUGGUUGCACCCAGGCCGAUGUUUCCAGGAUCGGUCCGGGUAAAAUAUCCUGUCUAAUUUAUUGAGUUUGGAAAUUUUCAUUCUGUGAAAAAAGUCCUAUCCGGGUCUUUUCGGAUGCCAAGAAACUCUUAAUUCUGUUUUGAUUUUUCUGGGGGAAGAUCAGGUAUUUUUUCGUUUUCUUACUUGUUAAUGUCAUGUUGCAAUAUUUUGGAGUGAUUUUUUUCUCGAAUUUAGUUCUGGGAAAUUCCGAAUUUUAUUUAAAACCUUGCCGGGUCUGAAAAUGAAAGCCUGGGGCUCGCAGCAAAAUUAGUCGGCCCGGGCCGUUUGCAAAGCCCGGCCUAGAGCCAUGCCUACUGUAUGGCUGUUUUUUUUUAUUGAUGACACGCCUGAGGGCUUAAGCACCAUUCAAGGAAAUGUUUUAAUCUCGGCGCAAAGAGGAGCGGGCACUUGGCCAUCUCUUAUUUGUUGUCUUCCCGGAGAAUGACUAUUCCGUUUUUAUUUGUUCUCGUUCAAUUUGGGAUUGUAUUUUGCAGCCAUUUCAAGGCCUUUGUGGAUCCUUUGCACAAAGAAUUUGGGCUGAUCAAUCACGAGGAGAAGAGUUGUUUGGUGCUCAAAUUCCAACUAAAGUUGUAUAAUUUGAAUUUGAAUGGAACAGACAUCGCAACGGAGACGGUUGACUUGAGUUCCAAUGAAUUCAAACUCUCGGGCUACUGUGCACUACAUAAUGAAGUCAGAAAAUCUUCGGAAUUGAUUGCAAAGUGGAGUUCUGGAGAGAGAAGAAAACAAAUAAGACUUGUCUUCAAGGAAGCCUUCGUCAGAGUGCUUGGGCAGCCAGUGGAUCAACUCAGAUGGCAGUUAAAAGAGGUCAUUUACACAGAGAAAUUCAAGAGUAGGUUGAGCAUAAAGGCCCGUAACAUUUUAGGUCGUUCCAUUGAGUUUCGAUCUCCUAAUGACACAAUAGUGAUCAGUGCUCCUAUCAGACAAAAGUUCGUAUGCAAUGACCGGCUGAAUGUGACCUUAAUCCAUGAAAAAUACAAGAAUAUUAUUGUUGAAUUCCUUCCUGAAAUUGAUAUGCAGCCCGUGAAUACUGGAUCUAAUUUUGGGAGUAAUAGUAAGAAAGGGUUUACUAUUAACAAUUGCUUAUACUUUUUACAAGGAGAGUGCUUGUAUGGCGACUCCUACUUUUAGACGGAACGCAUCUCAAAGAAUACGUAAAAUUAUGCUGUUUAAGAACAUCAGCUUAAUCGAAGGUUUUAAGCCUUCAAUGCCUGCGACUUUUGUAAGGAAAUUUAGCCAGUUUUUUGGUAUUUUCGACCUUGAAACCCCAAAUCGGGCUAUUUUUUACAUACUUGAUCAGCACAAUUUUUCGGAUUUUUUUGAGAUAUGUUUCGUCUAAACGUAGGAGCCCCCAUAAAAAAGUACUUUCCUUGUUUAAAAAAAAAUUAUUCUUUUCAGUAUAUCUGUGCGAGAGAACCCGAAAAAGAACCUUAAGUGAAUCUUUCCAAAGCAUGAUGACCGUCUUCUCAGGUAUUGUCUUGGGCCUGAGCUCAGUUGGAACAUUAAGUGGCUACAGCGUUUGGCGACAACUAUUACCAUCUCGUCGAACUUUAUAUAACGACAUUUAA